AUGGACAAAUUAGACGAUUACAUACCGACAGUUCGGUACAAUGAUCCACUAUAUACGCCUCAAACAGGCAGAGAGAAGUGGCCGCUCCAGGGUCACUACGAAAACAAUACAUACAUUGACUGGAUGAAAGAGUCUAAUAGAGAGAGUGGAGGCAGCAUGUCACUGAAAAAAUGGGUGACGUUGAUUGGCAGCUCUUUGCUUGUUGGAUAUGCUACUGUCAUUAUAGAUUUGUUUUCCGUGUUCCUCAAUGACUUUAAGAAGGGUCUUUGCUUCUCCAGUUUAGAUACUUGGUCUUUGCUUAAUCCAUACCUGACCUGUCCUGCUGACCAUUGGUACGACUGGCUGCAGAUUAUUUCUGGUUCUGGGAAUAUCGUUGUUAGUGGUCUUUUAGGCUUGCCUAUCUACUUGAUACUCGUGUUGACGUUCUCGAUGGCUGCUGGUGUUCUUACUAUCAAUAAAGCUCCUAUGAUCAAGCAGUCAGGUAUCCCAGAGCUAAAGCUCAUUAUUUCUGGUUUCAACUACUACCUUAAAACAUACUUGGGCGCUAGAACGCUUUUUUACAAGAUUAUUUGCUUGGUGCUUGUCGUCAGUUCAGGCUUCUGGCUAGGCAUAGAGGGCCCUUUGGUCCACGUUUCCUGUUGCAUAAUGUACAUAUGUUUCGAUGCCAUUUUUGGUGAUGCUGCUACAGAGGGUAUUAGACGUGAACUUUUGAGUGCUGCUACAGCAACUGGUAUUGCUGUUGCUUUCAAUUCGCCAAUUGGCGGUGUUCUUUUCGUCGUUGAGCUUCUUCCAUCCUACUUCGUUCCCACAAAGAUUAUGUGGAAUUCGUUUGUUUGCGCUACAGUGGCCCUCGUGGCACUCAACGGUGUAAGGUCAUUUACGGAUGGUGAGAACUUCCAGGAAGAGGAUCUUUUUGAGGUCCUGUUUGGUAACUUCAGUUGGCUUUUCUUAGAGAUCAUCCCCUUCUUGCUUCUUGGAGUUCUUGGAGGUCUUUAUGGACACUUCUAUACCAAAUUCUACCUCAGAUUUUCUGAUCCCAGCUUCAAAAAGAGACUUUGGAGACAUUUGGCAAUGCUUGGACGCGUCAAGGAAGAGUAUGGAAAAUAUGCGGAAUUGUUCCUCGUUGCUUUGCUGACCGCUUUACUCACGUUUGCCAUUCCUUUAACAAGGAUGCCACUUGCUGCUUUCCUCAAGAUUCUUUUCAAGGAUUGUCCUAAGGAUGACUCAACAUUGGAAUCAAACUCGGAAAACUUCAUGUGUCAGCCUUCGACAGUAAGCACCCUUUUCAAGCUAGUUUACAUUGUCAUUCAAGGCUUCUGCUUAUCUGCAUAUUCAUACGGUCUCCUGCUUCCAGGAGGUAUUUUGAUGCCUUCAUUGGUGAUGGGUGGUACUGUUGGUCGUUUCAUUGGUAUAAUUUCUCAGGCCAUUCAAAAAGCUGUUGAAGGCGAUUACCUAGCAACAUGUACUGCAAAGUCUUGUCUCGUUUCUCCUUCAUCGCAUGCCGUGGUUGGUGCUGCUGCUUUCAUGUCUGGUAUCACCAAAUUGACCUUAUGUGUGGUUGUUAUUAUGUUUGAGUUGACAGGCGCUGUCUCAUACGUUUUACCUAUUAUGAUUGCUGUGUUAACUUCAAAGUUUAUUAGUGACCAGCUUUCUGUGGAGAACGUUUACGAUGCUUGGCUCAGUACUGAAUUCAAUCACAUUGGAGAAACCGGAGAGGUGAACAGUAACAAGGGCCAUGGAUUAUGCUCGUUUGCAAAGCUUUCGGCGACAUUUAAAGCUCGUCUUCCAGAUGUUACUGUCAAGGCAAUCAUGGUGCCAUUGCACAGAACCCGCAAGUUAUACAUCCACCCCAGCGAGCCUUACACGCUUUCAUCAUUGUACGCCUACCUUUCUGAAGAUGCUCAUGAAGGCUACCCAGUGAUCUACAGCGAUGAAUAUCCAAUCAGUUUGGGUUAUGUGACGAAAAAGCAUGUAUACUGGGAAAUUGCCAACGUUGUAGGCAACAACCAGCCAACAUCUGCGGUGGUAUCUUUCCAGACUAGCUUACCUCAACAGGUACAAGACGAGCAACAGCAGUACGAACAGAACCUCACUAACAGCUACGCGAAUGUUCAUAUGGUAACACUCGAAGUUGAAAAACCUAUCAUCAUCGUCAAAGACAAUACACCACUCAAGCAGGUGAUUGAAAUUGUUGAGAGACUCCACAUGAACCAUCUUGUCCUUACAGAACACAAGGAUAAUAGUCGGAUGUGUGGAUUCAUUGACAGAUUUAUUCUUUCACGUUUAGUAACACUGAGAUUCUCAGAGUUGCAGCAUGAGAUGAGUCUAGUAGAGAGUGUGGCCAGUGAGUUUGAAAUCGUGGAUGCCGACGAGAACAGCGGCGAUGACGACGCCAACUUCAGAAGACAAAGAGAGAGCAUUGAGUUGCUCACAUAA